CCAAUAUUCUCUUCUUUUCAGUUAGAAAAACAAGAACUUUCUGCCAUUUACCUCAGCCUUAGACCCUCUCAAACACCAUGUCAUUGCCAUGGACACUAUUCAUGAUGACCCUUUUCUUGUGCAUUAUCUUCCCUAGUUAUCUGUGUCUCCCUGACCCUGAUGAUUCAGCAACAACCCUUAAGCCAAUUUUCCAAAGCCCAUCUCAGCCAGCAACAAUCCCUGCAUUCCCAGAACAAUCUGAUGUUGCAGGGUGUCCUCUGAAGCUAUCUGAUGAGUUUGUUGAUGGGAUAAAGAGUGCAUGUGGUGCCACCAAAGAUGGUGGUGCUGACAUGAAGCUCCACCGUAGCAGGUGUUGCCCUGUGCUUGCAGCAUGGUUGUACUAUGCAUAUUCUGCCACUGCACUUGGCAGAAUAAGCCAUAGCCAAAGCCAUACAACAACAUCAUCAUCAUCAUAUGACAUGCCCUUGUUGCCUGAUGAUUCAGAAACAUGUGUGAAUGGAUUGGGAGAGGCUUUGAAAGUGAGAGGGGUUGAGCUGAAUAAGCCAAAUGAGACUUGUGAUGUGGUGUAUUGCUACUGUGGCAUCAGGUUGCACCCUUUGAGCUGCAGUGAUGCAUUUUCAGUUUCCCAAAGUGGGAAACUUGUUGGGGAUGCAAGUGUGAGAAGAUUAGAGAAGAAUUGUUUGAGUAGCACCACAAAUGUCAAUGGCUUCCCUGGUCUUGGAGGGUGUUCUAAGUGCUUAAAUAGUCUCUAUUUGCUUAACAAGAAGACUUCAAAUUCAAGCAAAGCAGAAGAAAGGACCACCAAGAUCCACAACAAAGAUUGUGAGCUAAUGGGGUUGACAUGGCUUCUGGCUAAGAAUCAGACAGCUUAUAUUCACACAGUUUCUGGGGUUCUUCGUGCUUUGAUGUUGAACACUGAUGGCUCUGACCCUCAAUCUUGCACUCUAAACAGUGAUGGAAUGCCUCUUGCUGUGGAUUCAUCUGAAAUCUCUGAUCACUCUUCAUCAACCAACCUCCAACCACCUAUCUCUUUUUGUUUGUUGUUACUUUGUUUGCUACUACGUAUUGAGUUUACUGUGUUAUCUUCCUAA